AGGCUCUGGUUGGAACUAUUCGUCAGUAUCUCUCGUGAUUUCGAAGAGCGAGCAGCCAAGAAAAAGGAUCGAGGCAUUAAAUACGAACUGCUCGCGUGACUCUUGCCAUUCCUUUUUUUAUUAUUUUUCUUCCCCUCUAUAUCUUCUUUUUCUUCUCCCUCUUCUUCUACUUUUUCUUCUUCUUCAUUUUGUUUAAUUUUUUUUAUAACAUACAACCCAAGUUACCUCAGGAUUACCAAGUACACAAUACAUUGUAAUAAAAUAUAUACCUAUAUAUAUAUAGUUACUUCUGCGCGCGCACUUUGACGACCGAUCGCGAACCACGAGUGUGACGGGCUGUGUUUACUUUUGCAUAAAUGAGACAAUAGCUUCAGGAUAAAUUUAUAAUUUUUUUUUUUUUUUUUUUUUUUUUUUUAUAUUUAUUUAUUUAGUUAAUUGUGAAUAAUGGGUGCCAAGUGUAUUUAUCUGGUUCUAUUGUGUGUCACUACAACCCUAGCAAAUGUGCAAAGUAAAGUCCGAUGCUCAAAAGAUAUGAUGGAAGUUGAUAUCGUGCGCAGCAGUCCUCAAGCUAAAAUUUAUCUGCAGCAGCUUGAAAAUUACCCAGAUGAAGCGUGCAAGCCAGUUUUUCACAAAGGCGUAGCAACAUUUCGACUGUCCUUAGCCGAACAAAACAUGUCACGCUGUGGAAUCGUCAGAGUCGUUAACAAAAUGACGGGACAAAAAGUUUACUAUCAUCGGAUUAUCGUCGAGGAGCCCGCGGAUUUGAGCAAACAUGGAUUCACUGUUAAAUGCAUCGUCACGGAGGUUGAACUGCAGUCGAAAAUAUCAAGCAUCGGUCAUGAUGUUGUCAGAAGAAGUGUUUUGCCUGCUGGGUUUCAAGAGGACGACACCGUUGAUAUACAGGCGGAAAUAGCGGGAAUGGCGCCCAUCCCGAUGCUCAGCGUCGGAGUUCGUCAAGGGGGCAAACUAGUCACAGGGGAAUUAAACGUCAGCCCUGGCACGCCGUUGCAGAUGGAAAUAUUUCUCAAUUCUGAGUCAGCACCUGUUUAUGGACUUCUUGUCACUUAUAUGCAAGUCACCGACACUAAAACUGCUGAGGAGACCAUAAUUUUCAAUGGGUGUUCCGUCGAUCCCUACUUGUUCGAAAACUUCAACACUGUAGACGGCGAUUUCCUAACCGCGAAAUUCCGCGCCUUCAAAUUCCCCGAGAGCACAUACGUCCAGUUCCGCGGAACCGUCAACGUUUGUCUAGACAAAUGUCAAGGCGUCGAGUGCAGCAACGGCCAGGUCGGUUUCGGACGGAAAAAACGCGCGAUUUCAAUGUCCGGUAACCAGAACAAUGUCUUCGAAGUCACCAUGUCCACAUUCAUUAAAGUCGACUACGACAGUGAAAUUCCAGAUGCCACCCUGUCCCAGUUCAUAAGACCCGGGAAGAACAGAACCUUCGAGCGAUCGGUCAUCGGUGAACAAGUCCAAGAGCAAUUUAUGUACAAGUGGUCAGAAUCCUCCAGCUCAUCACACUGCCCAUUAAAUAUUUUUAUUCUCUUGUCAUUGGUCUUAUCUUCAUUCCUCUCGUCGUUCUUCUGAACUUUAAUU